GGGACGCUGAGGCGGUCGGAGGGUGGGAGGGAGGCGGGAAUGGAGCUCGCGGAGGUUGACCUGGGUGGCGGGGGUCAUGCGGCUGGCAGGAGUAGCUCGGAGCCCGCGACUGUCCGAGGCAGGGUGAGCAGUAGCGCCGACAGCCUGGCCGAGGAGGACGAAGCGGCGGAUGCGGCGGUGCCGUCGGCUGCGACCGGGCGGCCCAGCCGCGCGUCGUCCAUGGUGAGCGGCCUCCUGGUCGAGCUCUACAGCGUGGGGCGUCCCCGCCACCGGGACAGCGUGGACAGCUCGACGGAGGCUUCAGCCGGCUCCGACGCCUUCCCGGGCGGCAGAAGCAGCAGUGCCGGGUCGCGAGUCCUGCAGGAGCUGCAACGGAGGCCGAACCAGCGCCACCAGAGGACUUACCUGGCCCAGAGAGAUACUAAUGAACUGAUGACCAUAAUGCGAGAGCUGAACUACAGGAUAUGUGUUCAGUCAUCCAAACUACUCCGCCUUCUGAAACAAAAGGACAGGCUUUUACACAAAGUUCAGAAGAACUGUGAUAUUGUAACAGCCUGUUUGCAAGCAGUGUCCCAGAAACGACGAGUGGAUACAAAGUUGAAGUUUACUCUUGAACCAUCUUUUGGUCAGAAUGGUUUUCAACAGUGGCAUGAUGCUCUUAAAGCUGUGGCCAGGCUGCCAACGGGGAUACCAAAGGAGUGGAGGAGAAAGGUUUGGCUCACCUUGGCAGAUCACUACUUAAAGAGCAUAGCUAUUGACUGGGAUAAAACAAUGCGCUUCACUUUCAAUGACAGAAGCAAUCCUGAUGAUGACUCCAUGGGUGUUCAGAUUGUAAAGGAUCUCCAUCGAACUGGCUGCAGCUCUUACUGUGGCCAAGAGGCAGAGCAAGACAGAGUAGUAUUAAAGCGAGUUUUACUGGCAUAUGCAAGAUGGAACAAAUCAGUAGGAUAUUGCCAAGGUUUUAACAUCCUAGCAGCCCUCAUCCUGGAAGUGAUGGAAGGCAAUGAGGGGGAUGCUUUGAAAAUAAUGAUUUACUUAAUUGAUAAAGUGCUGCCUGACAGCUAUUUUGUCAAUAACCUCCGGGCGUUGUCUGUUGACAUGGCUGUAUUCCGAGACUUAUUAAGAAUGAAGCUUCCUGAGCUUUCCCAGCAUUUGGAUACUCUUCAAAGAGCUGCCAACAAGGAGAGUGGAGGUGGUUAUGAACCUCCACUUACCAAUGUCUUCACAAUGCAGUGGUUUCUGACUCUCUUUGCUACAUGUCUUCCUAACCAUACAGUUCUAAAAAUCUGGGAUUCUAUAUUUUUUGAAGGUUCAGAGAUUAUAUUGAGAGUGUCUCUUGCUAUUUGGGCAAAACUAGGAGAGCAGAUAGAUUGUUGUGAAACUGCAGAUGAAUUCUAUGGCACCAUGGGAAGGUUAACCCAGGAGAUGCUGGAAGACAACCUGAUUGACAGCAACGAACUCAUGCAGACUGUUUAUUCUAUGGCCCAGUUUCCUUUUCCACAAUUAGCAGAAUUAAGGGAGAAAUAUACCUAUAACAUCACUCCUUUUCCAGCUUCAGUAAAAUCAACUGAAAGUCGUUUGGGCAGAACUAGAGACAGUGAUGAGGAGAAUGACCUUGAUGAUGAAGAUUCCAUAGCUAAUGCCAUUGGCUGCCUUGGACCAUUCAGUGGUUUUCUGAGUCCAGAACUACAGAAGUUUAAAGAGCACAAUGAAGAACAAAGUCUGGGCUCUAGCAACAUUGCAGAGUUAAGUCCUGGAGCAAUAGAUCCUUGUCGAAGUGACUACCAUGCUGUUUUUAACAGCAUGAUGUUGGAACGAAUGACCACAGAUAUUAAUGCACUGAAGAAACAAUACUCAAGGAUAAAGAAGAAGCAGCAGCAACAGGUUCAUCAGGUUUACAUUAGAGCAGGGUCUGAAGAUGACGACCCUGGGCUAAUGUUAGAUCCCAGGGACCAGCUGAAUGAUGAUAAGGGUCCAAUUACCAGUCUUCUGCCCUCUCAGGUAAAUAAUUCUCCGGUGAUCAACCAUCUUCUACUGGGUAAGAAGAUGAAGCCAACGAAUGGAUCUGCCAAAAAUGCUAUUAUUCACAUCCCAAAUCAUGCAGGAGGCAAGAUGUCACCUGGUUCUCAUGAAGAUAUUAAAACAAAGCUUAACUCCCCAUGGCGCACUCACAUGAGGGUACACCGAAAGAACAUAGCCAGAGCCAAAGGCCAGCUGGGUUAUGGGGAUACUGUUGGGCUAAUAGAAGAGCAGAGUGAUGGUAGCAAAAUCAUUAGUCCCAUUGCAAAAGAAGAAAGUACAUCUGAAUCCAUGGCAAGGGAUGGGAGCAAUUCAGAUGCUAGGACAACCAUAAAAGCUGAUGGGCAGUCUCCUGAACCAACUUAUAAAGAUGCCAAUGGCAACAUCUCAACAGUUCAGCUGAAGCUGGAAGCACUGGAACUUACUCAAAGUAAUAAUGAUGACACUGAAUCUGUAUUGAGUCUGUCAUGUCAAACACAAAUAUCUGAGUUUCCAUACUUGCCUACUGAGAAUGGAAUACUGGCGAAAUCUCCUCAAGCUUGCAAUUCUAAGCCACAGAUCUUUAGCCCUUUCCCUAGUGUCAAACCUCUCAGAAAAUCUGCUGCAGCCAGAAAUCUAGGACUAUAUGGUCCAACUGAACGAACCCCAACUGUGCAUUUCCCACAGAUGAGCCGAAGUUUUAACAAGCCCACAAGUGGUAACAGUGGGUCUAAGAAUCGAUGAUGUAUUUAUUGUUAAUAUUUGAUUAUUGCUGUUAUUUUAAGUUGUAUUAUGUAUGCAUAUGGAUCUAAAACAGUUUCUAAGUUAGUUUAAUUCUUCAUAUGAAGGUGAACUGUUAACAAAUCUCGGUGUUUCUGAAAUGUAGGACAGUGAAGGCACAUGGUUUUCAUGUUAAAAGAAUAAACAUUAACUUGCAGCAUGGGAAAUGUUCCACUCCUUACAUGUUACCUGUAGCGUGCUUCUUUUUUCCCCUCUCCCAGCAUUGGAUAAGUACUGGCAGGACCAUUAUUGUUUCCAUUCAACAUCUAAUUAUUUUACAACUGCCACUUUUUAUAACCUUUUGUUUGUUUGGCAGAUUUUUUUAUUACUAUAAGGAAAUUCACUGAAACUCAGGCAGAUUAUAAUAUUCUUUCAAAAUUGCUUACCAUCUGUAUCAUUAUCCUAAUAUAUCUGAACUGCUGACACAAUAGGAGUCAAACAGUAUUGAGUCAUGGGCCAACUGUGCACAAGGGCCAAUUAUGCACAAGGUAUUAAGUUGUGGAAGUGAAUGUCAGCCAUGGCAAGGUUUCUUGUAUGGCCGUAUUUUCCCUAGCCCUGCUUUCAUGUUCCAUUCUCUCUGUGGCAAGCAAAUCCACUUAUAGCACGAUUUAAAUUUUGUUCUGCUACCAGAGCAGGACAGAUUUGUCAGUGGGCACAGCUUUGUCCUGGACCUCUUCCCUCCACCUGCAGCCAGCUCGCCUAAUCUUGCUCCUUCCCUCACGCUGCUUUGAACAUUUCCCCCUCACCCUCCUCCCUGUUACCAACUACUUCCUGCUUUUUGUCCUGCCGUAUCACUUCUGUUACCUAUGGCCUUCCCACUCCUGCACAUCUUUAGAUCUUUGGAUAAAAAAAAUUAACCAAAUUGAUAAAUGGAUGAAUUGAUACUAAUACUUAAAAAUGUAAAAAUAAUAAGACUAGUUGAUCAGUCCAAACAUCUGAUUUGUCUGUGCAUUUGAUCAACAAACUGGGACAUCUCCAGCCUUGUAGUUUUAUAGAUAAGCAAUCAGUGAUUCCAGACCACAUUGAAAAAAUUCUAUCGGUCUUGAUGCUUGGGUUUAUGGCACAUCGGGAGAUGGAUGAUCGUGAAAUUGAGGAACUUAGUAAAGGACAGUUCACAUGUCCUUUUGCAGUUUGCAUGCUGCCAUUACUCGCCCCUCACUUCCCACCAUAAAAGACAACCAAUGUUCAGGCAAAGUGUACAGAUGCCAUAUUCAAAACUUUUCGCCUUUUUUCCCCUGAAACAAUCUAUUGAUAGUUUGAUAAAUCUAUCGAUAAUGAUUAUAUUAAAAAUAAAAGUACGUAUGUGUGAUAAGAAACUGCGAAACAUUGUCCCUCCUGUAUGCAAGCAAAAAGCCAGCUGAUGGAUAAUGCCUGCCCUGUUUCAACAGGAUGGUGGGUAAUAAUGUUGAACAUUCCCCCAAACAAAGACUUCCCAGCCAAUUCUCUUUGAAGUCACAGGAACCUCUCCGUGCGUAAUUGGCCUGUAAGUAGCCAUUUAAAACCUGAUAGUAAAUUUACUGUUAAUAUUCUUGGCAAUAAUUUUUUAGUCUACAUCAUGUAAGCCUUUUCAUAAGAUGUCACUUUUAAUGUCAUGUUCAUAGCUCAGAUGCUUCCCCGACUUGUGGUUUUCCUAUUCUGUGAGAUUGCUGUUUAAGGAAAGAAAUCAUGUCUGUAUCCUGAAGAUAUACUUUUAGUUUAUUUCUUAAACAAAUUCUUCAAAGCCAGGUUGCUUGCCUCUGCAAAUGAAAUGAGAUCUACUUACAAAGAGAUAAUGCUGAUUUUUAAAACUUCGAUGUAUUAUUGUGUAAAAUUCCCAGACUCAGCAAGCACCAUGGCAUGUGGGAUUUUUUAUUUCUAUGUUAGCCUACCACUAUGUAUCAAAAUAGAAUCAAGAAUGAGAUCUCUCUGCCCUCGUUCUGCAAAAUGAUUUAUGGUUCAAAUGCAAAAAGAACUACAAAUUUAUCAAUACUGUCCUGUUGAAUAUUAGUAGACUGGGAUUCAGUGAAUAUAAUGACGAGGUAGGCUUGGGGGAAGUUAUUGCUGCUGGUCAGUUUUGUAUCUGACAAACUGACAGAAUAGGUCCUUCCCCACAGGAUGGUUGUGAAAACAAAUAUGAAGAAUUGCAAAGUACUGUGUACAUUAUGUGCAAUAAAAUAAGUGAUACCCUGAUGAGGACUGUUUUGUGAUAAUGGAUGGCAGUCAAACAGAAACUCCUUAUCCUGCUUAUGUGCCUUAAACAGGAUAUCUAACAGGAGCAGGGAAACUGAGAAAGAAUUUCAUCCAGCAACCCUCAGUUGGUUCAGAUUGUGUUGUAGCCCUAUAUGCUGUUGUAAGUUAUUCACUAAAAAGUAGUUACAAAUAUUUAUGACUUUUUGUUUUUACAUUUUAAAAUAUCAACUGAGUAUAUACAAACUAGUAAAAUACUAGCAGAUAAACUGGUCAGGAUCCAAAGAACUGUGUGUAGUUAGUUCCCCUGUCCAAGGUAGCUUUGGCUUUGUGAUUUGAACAGUGGCCUACAUGUAGCAUGGCAAGCCAUUUCUGAAACCAAAGAAGGCAAAGUAAAAUAAAAUCCAGUUGUGGGAAUGCUAAAAUAGCUCUUUGCAACCCAAUCCCAUUGCAAUAACGAUUUGAGUAUCUUUGAAGUUACAUUCAAUGCAGAGGCAUACAGGGGGGAAAUGGCGCUUGGGGACAACACCUGCUCUGUGCGCCCCCCCCCCCCCGUCCCCACAGUUAGGGAUGGGGUUUGAGGGCAGGGGUAGCUUGGACAGGCACCGCAGCGGCAGCCGUCUCCUGCCUUCCACAGACCCUGGCAGCAGGCCAGCUCUGUCUUUAGGCAUCUCCUCCGCGCCAACCCAGCUCUUCCAAGGCACGGGGGGAGGGGUCAUCGUUGCACACGGGGUCAUUUGACCCCCGUCCCUGUGGGCAGUACGCUACUGAUUCCAUGUAAUGUUUUAAGAAUAUAACUAUUGUUCCUGAUGUGCUAACCCAAACUCAGUUUUGUAUUAAUUUUUUCCAUUUAAUUUUUCCAUCUUUGUGAUUUGUUUUCAAAGUUUAUUCUUUUGCCAAUUUUCUAUUGGGAUUAUUUUCUUCCUGAAAUGAAUGAAGCUAAAUUUGAAGGGAGUGGGUUAAAAUGCAAGAUUAAUGAUGAACAGUGCUUGCAAAAGUUCUGACCUUCUCAUUACAAUUAAAAUUUUGUAAAGUGAUCCCACUUACUUUUGUGCAUGGGUUCAUCUUAAACAUGUAAAGCAAUAUCUACAUAAAAUUCUGCAUGGGAAUUUUGAGCUGCUGCCCUCCACUUCCCAGUCUGCACGUGCACAGAAGCUGCAGUAGUGAGAAGAGUAUCCUCAAUUUACAUUAUUGUUAGGUGACGUCUAUAACUAACUUAACUAAAAUAACUUCAUCAUUUGCGCCCGGUUUUCUUUCCCUUAUGUGCUACAUUUAUCAUACUUGGUUGUUAAUCUUUAUCUCUCUCAUUAGUUUGGUUGUAUUUCAUUAAUGUGUACAGUGUACAAUAGAUAUUGUAUAUUACAAAAUAUAUUCAGGAUAUACAAA